GCUCUCUUCUGUUUGUGUCUAUGGUCUGCGUGAUUUUUUUUCCAUCAAUCAAGGAAAGUAAAAGAAAAAUAAAACGCGCGUCGUUAGUCAUAUUCACAGAAUUGUGAUAAUUUUGUAAUUUUAAGCAUUAUUAUUAAUAAACAUUUGAUUAUUUUUUAAAACAAACUGGCCGUCAUUAUUAUAUUUUAAGAAUUGAAAUAACAAACAAAACAAAACUAGAAGAGGUUAAGCAGUCAGCAUCAUGGUGCAGGCUACAGACGAAAUGGAGCAACCAGAUCUUCCACAAGCUGUUAAAUUGCUCAAGGAAAUGAAUACUAACGUCCAGCAAGUGUCACAGCUUGUAGACAACAUGCUGGUCAGAGUUAAAAGUGGAGAACUGUCCACAGAUAAAGGACUUAGCUUCUUGGAAAUGAAGUAUCAAAUGCUUCUUAGUUAUUUAAUAAAUCUGACCUAUAUAGUAUUAAGAAAAUGCUCUGGGGAAAGAAUAGAAUCAGAUCCAUCAAUUGAUCGGCUAAUUGAGAUAAGAACGGUUCUUGAAAAAAUUAGACCCAUUGAUUCAAAAUUGAAGUACCAAAUUGACAAACUUGUUAAAACUGCUGUUAUUGGUGGCACAACUGAAGAUGAUCCCCAAUCAUAUCAUGCUAACCCUUCCAAUUUAGUAAGUAAAAUAAAUGAUUCUGCCGAGGAGUCUAGUGAAUCUUCAGAUGAAGGCGAGGACAAAAAAGAUAAGGUCAGUAAAUCAAAUAUUUAUGUGCCACCUAAAUUAGCUGCUGUGCACUUUGAUGAAAAUACUUCAAGAAUUGACAGUGAAAAGAAAAACAAAGAAAAGUCUAAGAAGCAAUUCCUGAACUCAAGUAUUAUGCGUGAACUUAGAGAGGAAUAUUCUGAAGCUCCACUAGAAGUUGCCACAGGAAAUCACGUCAAGCAGUCCAUAUCUAAAUAUGAGCAGGAGAAAACUGAAUAUGAAGAAAAUUACCUCACUCGUUUGCCUGUUACAAAAGCAGAGAAAAAUCGAAGGAAAAAGUUAUCUACAGUAGGAAUGAUAGCUGAUGAAAUCACAGGCACAAGUAGCAAUCGGUUGUCAAGGAAACACAAGAUGAAAUCUAAGAAAGGUAAAGGUUUUAAAAGAAGGCGUACCCAAUGAGAGACAUUCAAAAUUAUUAUAAGUUUAUUAUUGUCAGAUAUAGGUACCUGUGACAAAUCUUGUGACAGAAAAUAAUAGAUUACCUAAUUGAAUUGGCAACUACAGUCCUAUGUUUUAUUUAAAUGUGUUAAUGUUCAGAUAAGUCUCUUGAUUUAUGUUUGAGUGAUUAGGAUUGGUUAACGUUUUUUGAAUGUAUUGUUUCCGAAAAGUAAUACAUAGUGUAAUAUUCUUACUAAAAUAUGGUAGAAUAAUAUUCAUAUUAACUGUUACAAAAAUCUAACUAUUGUAAAUACUUAAAAAGCUUUGAAAUUCCAAUAUACAUCCUUAUGAUAGAUAGGAUAGGGCACAGGGUAAUUCUUAUUUUACAUAAUAAGCCCUAUUUAAAGUUUACUAUGGUAAAUUGAAUUAUGAAUAAGUAAUAAAUACUAUCAAAGAAAAUAAAAUCUUAUAAAGAAUUCAUA